AUGCUGCGGCGUUUCAUGCGGGCUGUGCCUAGCCUGACGACGAGGAGGACCGGCAACGCUGGCGUACUUGGGCCACAACAGCAUCUAGCGCCGAUACGAACCUUAACAUCCUCAAUACCACUCAAGAAUGCACACAUCUCAUCCGAAGAAGGCAUACCGGCGUCAGCGAAGGCUGCUACAACGCUGAGCGCAACGCCAGCCGCUGCUGCUUCGUCCACAUUCACGCCCCGAAAGCAGUUCGCGCUGCCGACGACAACGCCAUCGUGGUACGCAGGGCACAUGGCGCGAGCGAUUCGGUCCAUGCCCCACCUACUCGCACGCUAUCCACCGCCACUCGUGAUCGAAGCGCGCGACGCCCGCCUGCCGCUGACGUCGAUCAACCCGGUAUUCGAAAAGCUGCUCAAAAAGGCGCCCACUGCCAACGACGGGCUGGACGAAUCCCCGUCCGGCUCGGGCAUCGGAGCCGACGCAUCGACAUGGCGCAGUCGGCGACUGAUCGUCUACCUCAAGCGCGACCUCAUCGAUCCCAACGUCGAAGCGGCGAUCGCCUCAACGCUGCGGGAGCGCGACCCGCACCAGCACGUUCUGUUCAUCGACACGCGCUCCGACGCCGACGUAAAGAAGGUCCUGCACUGGGUGACGCGGCAGGCCCGCAAGAUCGCCGCAGACGAGUCGGUGAGCGCGCCACCGCGGGCCGUGUCGGAGAAGGCCGAGAAGCGUGCGAAGAAGGGGCUGUCGGGGGCGUUUCGACACACGCCGACGCCGGAGGAGGGCGUGCGGCUGUUGAUCUUGGGUAUGCCGAAUGUAGGCAAGAGCAGCUUGCUGAAUGCGCUGCGGCGCGUGGGGACGGGCAAGGGUAAGGCGGCGAGCACGGCGCCUCAUCCUGGACAUACGAGGAAGUUGACGGGGACGGUGAGGAUCAGUAAAGCUGGGCCGUCCAAGGUCGAGCCUGAACCGCCGAGGGAGGGCGGGAGACGGUCGCGCAGAACGGCGGCGUUGGAGCAGCAGGAGGUUGAGGAACACGGCAGAGGUGGUGGCGGAGGUGGCAGCUUCGUCAUCUCUUCUUCGAGCAGCGAGGAAGUUGAUACCUCUGCUAUUUCAACUUCAUCUUCAGACUCGGACAAGAAACAAACGCCCAAAGACCCCCCGAUCUACGUCUACGACACCCCGGGAGUCAUGGUUCCCUUCCUCGGCCACGGCGCUACUGGCGCCGAACGUGGUCUCAAACUCGCCAUCACCGCCGGCAUCAAAGACUCGCUCUUCGACGUGCAGCUGCUCUCGGACUACCUGCUCUAUCGUCUCAACCUGCGCGCCGCUUCCGACACAGAGCAGCUACCGAGCUACAUCCGCAACCUGCCCCUGUCCGUGCCCGCGUACCUCUCGACGUGCGACGAUGCUCGGGGGCGCACCAACUCGAUCCAGGAGCUUCUGUGGCACGUGGCGGGCAAGGCGCCCGGCUCGCUGCGCAAGGGCAAUGUGCGCGAUCUCGACGCCGCCGCGCACUUUAUGCUGCAGCACUGGCGGCUGGGCAAGCUCGACGCAAAUACCGAGUUGGACCUGAACACGACGGAUGAGGCGGAGAUCCGACGCAUGAUCCAUGCCUUUUUGGACGGUGGCGGUGAGGUCGGUGCGUCGACAGCUGGCGGUGUGGUCAGCAUCGCAACAGGUAGGGAGGAGGAUGCAGGAGCGGUACCAAGCGCGGAUGUGGCAGAAAGGAGCAAAACUCAGGUCAAGAAACAUCAGAAAGCCGCAGAUGUGCUGGCCAGGAAGCGCAAGUUGAUGAGCAAGGGUAUCGCUGUUGGUGGCAAGGGCGGGAGCAAGCCGAAACGGGCAGGAGGCGCUGGUGGUGCCCGCGGUAAGAAUAAACGAAAGUGA